AUGCUAUAUCGUCCAGCAGCAGCAGUAGUUCGUGGGACUAGUUAUCACGACAGCGGUUAUCCUAGGGAUCACAGAUUUAGUACCUCGAUUAGAAAACUGCACAGUAAAGAAGCCGGUGAUGCUGACAAUCAAGAUCCUGACAGACAUACCUUUGAAGAUCUCUGUCCCAUUGGCUUGAAAUUCGUCAAGCAUCUUGGCAACUUCGGCGAGGAGGAAGCUAGGGCCUACAAAGUAUUGAAGAGAAAGUUGUUAACAUGGCAGGAACAUUUCAAACCAAUUCGAGACUUUCGUAAUAGGCACUAG